AUGGCUCCGAAGCCAGAACCGCAGACCCCUGCAUCAUCUGAAUUCAAUCUUGUGCUAAGCGAUUUGCCCAUAAGUUAUAAGAAACUUAUGGACGAGGCUAUCCCAACAACACUGGAAGAGAUCAUCACACGGGAAGCUCCGUCUAACAGCAAAGGAAAUAAGCUCUUUUCCAAGAUAGCCGGAAAACUCUACACACCGAAAGGUGGUACUUUUCUGAUCAAGUUGAAACCAACCAAGACCAGUCCUGAUGAUGCGAUCGUGACUCUCCUAUUUAGCUGGAAAGACCUCUACUUUGAGGCUUUCCAUGCUAAAGGGAAAUGGAUCAGGAUGAGGGAUGCUGAAGAGGCUCUACCUCCGCGCUCACAGCUUCACUACUCAAUGAAGGAGAAGGAGGGGGUAUUCCAAAUGACGAUCAGCACAAACUACGAUGAUAUAGGUGGCUAUGACAUUGAGGUAGGCCAAAGGGCCUUCAGUAACUGUCACCGGUCGCUACUUAUGGCUGAAGAUCUGGUCACGCAAAAGCGGUUGAGAGAACUCAACUCUGGCCCAUUGUCUCUGCCGGUGGUCGCUAUCUCAGAAUCCAUCCGCUUCCCUCUCCUGCAGCAAUGGGUUUUGGGCACUUUCUCUGCACCCCCUAGUGUCAAUUAUCAAGAGAAGAGAGUUCCUCAGAAGCUUUCAGAUGACUUCAAGAAAUGGGCCAGUUACUCGCGUGCGCUCGUCACCCAGGACCUUCCAACUCGCUGUGAACUCACAUUGGCUCAGAUUGCUGAAAAGCUUGGAGUGCUUAAGUGGAAAGCGGAUUGGAUGCAACAUGCAGGUGCAGCUUCUCCCUCUCCGAAGCGCUUCAAGGACGUGAGGUCUCAGUCUCACUCUCACACCAGUCACUGA